AGGAGAAAGAGUUAUUGGUUUGUGAGGUGUGUACUUGUGCGCUUUGUUUUUCCUUGCUUCUUUGAAAGGGUUUGUUUUGGAGGAAGGAAACCAAGAAAAGCAAGGCAAAGGGGGAACCCCUAGCAGUCUGCUUUUUCUGCUCCAGAUCCUAGUGUCUUACAAUUUAAAGGCAAGUGAACCUUCUAGCAGUUUUGAAGCAUCAAUUCCCAACUUUGGUCAUUCAACCAAAAAGCUUCCUUCCAACUCUGGCAUCCCAGUUGCAUGUUCGAGCGCUCUCACAAAACUGAAAAAGACUUGAAACAACAACAAAUACCACCUUGUCUUGGAUUUUUGUUUUGAAUUAUGAAGAGGUUCGGCAGCUCAGAGUCAUUGGGUGCUUUGGUCUCCAAUUUCCCAUCAAAAGUCUCAUAAUUUACGCAGAGGAGGGAAAGCUUGCAAAGGGCAAAUAUGGUUACAGCAAGGAGUUUCAGGCAAUGUUAGAUUCUUUAGAACAAGAAGAUAUUGGGGAAGAAAUGUCAGGGAAGAAAAGGCGGUUGAGCUCGGAGCAGGUCAAGGCCUUGGAGAGAAGCUUUGAGGUUGAGAACAAGUUAGAGCCAGAGAGGAAGGUCAAACUGGCUGAGGAAUUAGGCCUGCAACCGAGACAAGUGGCGAUUUGGUUUCAAAACCGUCGCGCACGGUGGAAGACUAAGCAAUUGGAAAGAGACUACAGCGCCCUCAAAGCUGACUAUGAUGGUUUAAAGCACAACUAUGAUAGCCUUGAGAGACAGAAUAAAGCUCUUGCUGAAAAGCUAAGUCAGUUAAAGGCGAAGCUGUGCACAGAAGGUGCAGAGAGCAACGGCUCCGCGAAAGAAGAAUCACCAAUUUCAACGUGCAAAAGCAGUGAAAAUAUUGAGGUGGAUUUGUUCAAGAACUUGAAGACCAAAGAUGGUUCAUCAGAUAGUGAUUCAAAUGAAGUUCUUAUGAAGGAAGAGAGCAAUGGAAAUUCAUCUCUUGGAUAUAAUAAUAAUAAUAAUAAUAAUAAUAAUUCAAUUUCUUCAAAUUCCAUGGUGAAUUGGUUUCAAUUAUCUGAGUCCAGAUCAGUAGCUGCAGGAAAAGGGUUUCAAGGCCAGCUUGUGAGGAUGGAAGAGCAGAGUCUUUUCACCACAGAUGAUUCCUGCAAUUUCUUUUCAGUCGAUCAAGCUCCUAGUCUUCAUUGGUAAAUCUGCUGAGCAGUAAAAAUAGUUGGACCCUUUUAUUUUUCUAAGGUUUUUGAAUGAUCUAAUAAAAUAAAUUUUUGUAAUUUAGAAGCAAAAAUGUCCAAUGUAAAGCUUUUUAUUUGCCACAUCAACAAAUAAUUAGUUUGCACA